GGUUUCGGAAACCGCGUGAGUGUUCCGACACCAGUCUGAGACGCUCUUUCCUAAUUCGACUUAUCGGACCCUUCUCGACGCAUGAAAGAAGCGAUGGCAUCAGUCUUCUGUGUUUCCGGUUGCACAUUGAACCAAUGGGCGCUCGACUUCACGGGGAAUUACCGCCGGAUCCUUGAGAGUAUCAAACGCGCCAAAGCAGCUGGAUCGAAAUUCAGAAGUGGUCCUGAGCUAGAGAUUCCAGGCUACGGCUGUGCGGAUCACUUCUUCGAGAACGACACCGAGUUGCAUUCAUGGGAAGUGCUCGCCAAGCUUCUCGACGACCCGACGACAUUUGAUAUAAUCUGUGAUGUUGGUAUGGCCGUGCAGCAUCAGGGAGUUCUCUAUAACGUGCGCGUAAUUUUUCUCAACAAGAAAAUUCUGCUCAUCAGACCAAAAAUGAUUCUUUGCGACGACGGGAAUUACCGGGAGUCACGCUGGUUCACUCCUUGGUGUCGCCCCAAAGUCGUCGAGGACUUCUCUUUGCCUCCGAUGGUCGCGCGUAUCACAGAACAGUCGCGAGUGCCAUUCGGCGAUGCUUUGUUGGAAACCAGAGACUCAGUCAUCGGCUUCGAAAUCUGCGAAGAACUGUGGAACCCGGACAGUACAAAUGUGGACGCUUGCCUAGCCGGAGCCGAAAUCAUUUUCAACUCAUCGGGCUCCUACCACGAGUUGCGGAAGAGGGACCUCAUAAGGGAUUUGGUCACAUCAGCGUCUUUGAAAUCUGCCUGUGUCUACGUCUUCUCGAACUUGCGGGGCUGUGAUGGGGAGCGGGUCUACUACCAGGGUCUCUCGAAUAUAUCGAUGAAUGGCAAGUUUCUUGCCGUCGGCCGCCAAUUCGGCCUCGACGAGGUCGAGAUUGUCACUGCCAAGUUUUUCGUGGAGGAUAUCCGCGCGAAGAGGGCAACGUUCCGAUCACGGGGUAUCGCCUCCGCCAGUACCUGCACGUAUCCGAGAGUGAAAGCCGACACCUACUUGGUGUCGGCCAUCGGAGGUCUAGCGAACUCCGCUAUCGAAUGGCCCGAGAUGGAUGCCGAAGAAGAGAUCGCGAAGGGUCCCGCGUGCUGGCUCUGGGAUUACCUCAGACGUUCCGGUCAGGGGGGUUUCUUCUUGCCUCUGAGCGGCGGUGUGGAUUCGGCGUCUGUCGCGACGAUAGCGUAUUCCAUGUGCUCAAUGAUAGACGAGGCAAUUCGUGCGGGGAGUCAGGAGGUUCUCGCUGAUCUCAGGAUGGUGAUCGGGGAUCAGAAAUACGUUCCACCCGAAGAGAAUGGAGCGAAACAUAUAUGCCAGAAGCUUUUAUUCACUUGUUAUAUGGGCACGGAGAACUCGUCAGGGACGACCAAAGCGGCAGCCAGCAGCUUGGCGGCUCAGAUCGGAUCGAACCAUCAAAACAUAAUCAUCGAUACGGCUGUGAAAGCCAUCAUCGCGAUAUUCGUAGCUGUGAUUGGUGGUCGCAUUCCCAAGUUUCAAGCUCACGGCGGAACCCCUCGCGAGGAUUUGGCCCUGCAGAAUGUUCAGGCCAGGAUCAGGAUGCUGCUGAGUUAUUUGUUCGCGCAAUUGAUGCUGUGGGUCAAGGACAGACCCGGAGGGCUCCUGGUGCUCGCUACGGGAAACGUCGACGAAGCUCUGAGGGGUUACCUCACGAAAUACGAUUGUUCGAGCGGCGACAUAAACCCAAUCGGAUCUAUUUCAAAAACGGAUCUCAAAAGUUUUCUGAAGUAUUCAGUCGACAAAUUCAACCUGACGGCGCUUUCCUGUAUCCUCGAUGCUCCUCCCACCGCCGAGCUGACUCCGCUCAAAGACGGUCAGGUGGUGCAGACCGAUGAGGCCGACAUGGGAAUGACUUACGCAGAGCUGUCGACUUUCGGGAGACUCCGUAAGCAGCUCUGCUGUGGACCUCUGGCAAUGUACCUGCGAAUGACGGCCGAGGAUCCGUCGGCCCGACCAGCCGACGUGGCCAAGAAAGUCAAGCACUUCUUCAAAAUGUACUCAAUCAACCGGCACAAGACGACCAUUUUGACACCGGCAUACCACGCCGAGAGCUAUAGCCCAGAUGACAAUCGUUUUGAUCACCGUCCGUUCCUCUACAAUCCCCAAUGGAAAUGGCAAUUCAAGAGCAUCGAUCGAUACGUCUCACAGAUGACACUGCCGACGAACCCAAGGGCCCUGCUCUCUUCUGGGAGUUUGAGCAGGAAGCCGGAGCUCGUGUAGCGGGAACAGGACGAUUUGAGAUCGGAACUCCGGGACUCAUCCUCCAACGAUUUUCCUUGCGCGACGGAAUGUUCACUGAAUGUCUGCUCAUUGGAAUCAUCGGGUCGACGUGUUCGUAGAGAGUCCGGAAACUCAUGCAUAUUGUAGAUUUCCUAACGUUCACGGCCAGCCUG